AUGAGAUGUCAGCAAAUGCGAGACAGCGCAGACGUGACGCUGGAGGACGAGGACGCACGCACGUCGGAGUGCGCGAUCGCCUGGUUUGGGUUUAAUACCACACCGGACGCCGCGAUUAUUGACCAAUACGAGAACGACUACGGCCAAGGGUGA